UUUGUUUGACUGUCAAACAUUACACUAGAAAAUAAACAACAGCAAGAAUGGAGGAAAAGGGACUGCGCCUUGGCGACUCGCAGCUGAAAUCCCAAGGUACAAGGAAAAUUCAAACUGGGAAGGAUGGGAAAAGGAGAAAUACUAUGGAUACAAUACGUUGUAGAGCCUACGAUAACUAUCUAAAUUCGUUCAUUAAAAUGGAGGACAGACGGUAUCUUCCCAACGAUAGGGCAAUUCAGCAACUAGUUCGCUUGAGGUCCACAGUGGGAACUAUUGUGAUGACACCCUCCCAGUUCAAGGAUGCCCACUUUUCUCCCCUGGGAUCGUUCUUCUAUUUCAGCGAGCAAAAUAUAGCCAACGACCCGUUGACCAUAGCUCUUGCCGAGCGCGAAAAGCCAAAUGCAUUUAAAACACUUUCGACCAUAAUCUUCGUGAGCACACGUGAUUCGAAAGGUUUUAGCGUGUCUGGCUACAUCGACUUGGAGCAGAGUUUACGUUGUUUUAAGACCGUUGGGGUCAAAAGUCACCCAUGGGCAGAAAUAUUCGCAGGUCACCGACGCCUCGAACCAGAUCAACAGGAUUUGAGCUACAUCUCGUGGAACAAUGGCAAGGUUUUUUACAACGACUCGGAUAACUACAAAAUUAUCCCAGAUGCUGUCAAGGGCUUGAGCUUCUUGUACAAGGGCGAUGGUUCUAUACUCACUAUAGAAAAGUAUAUAACCGAAGAGCAUUCAUUAUGCACAUUUAUAGAGUCGCCAAAACACGGAUCUGCUGUCAUAUACGAUCAUCGUAUACGUCGCAAGAUGUGAUUUGUGAUUGAUAUAU